UAACUACUAACUUUCACUAAUUGAGGUAGCGCACGAUCAUUCGUUUUAAAACAAAAAAGAAAUAAUUUUAACUUGUUUAUCAUUGCUACUCCGGACGAAGAAACGUCAAAUUUCCACUCUAUUUUGGUGCCACUUUGCGGUCAGCUGUCACGGUGAGCGGAUAUCUCUCAAUUGGUCGAAUUGAACACAAUUUUCCAUCCCAAUUCAGAACAAUGACGCUGCUAAUCAAUCCCCGCCGCCCGGAGAAGGUGCACCGCUACAAACCCGUCGACUCGGCCAACCAGGGUGCUGGAGUAGGGGACGAUCUAAUGCCAGAUUACAUGAAUAUCUUGGGUAUGAUAUUCUCCAUGUGUGGUCUCAUGAUGAAGUUGAAAUGGUGCGCCUGGCUGGCGCUGUACUGUUCCUGCAUUAGCUUCGCUAACUCCCGGAUUUCAGACGAUGCCAAACAGGUGCUGUCCUCCUUCAUGCUCAGUGUUAGUGCCGUCGUGAUGUCGUACCUUCAGAACCCGACACCGAUGACACCGCCCUGGCAGUCGAUGUAGUUUUGGACGGCGCGGGAAACGGUACACACAUACAAAAACACACAAUCGUAUGUCCAAAGCACAGAGAAACAAUCGAUUUAAGCAACACCUUUUUUGAAUAAGAUUAACCAUCCCGGUCUUGUGGUACAGUGGACAAA